UUUGUGCCUCAUGUGCUACUCCUCCCUCUCUGCUCUUCCUGAACAUUCAAAAGCAGCUCAAAGGAGCUUUCCAAAACCUGCCGAGCGAGGCGAGCUCGCCCUGUCGUUGCAGACCCGCGUGCCGAAGGUGACAACACAACACGUUGGCUGCCAGUAUGACAGAAGCGUCUCGGGUGUGACCAUGUCGUCCAAGUUGCCCGAAGAGGACCUGACGUGUCCUGUGUGCUGUGACAUCUUCACCGAUCCUGUCCUGCUCUCAUGCAGCCACAGCUUCUGCCGGUCCUGCCUGCAGAACUUUUGGGAGACCUCGGUUUCCCGGAGCUGCCCCAUUUGCAGGAGGAAAGCCUCAAGAAAGGAGCCUCCAAGCAACCUGGCUUUGAGGAACCUGUGCGAGGCCUUUGUGGAAACCCAGAACUGGAGGUGUGAGAACGAGAAGAAGGCGGCGUGCCCGCAGCACGGCGAGAAGCUGAAGCUCUUCUGCAUAGACGACCAACAGCCCAUCUGCGUGGUGUGCCAAGCCUCGAGAAUGCACAAGGGUCACGAGUGCGCUCCCACAGACGAGGCCGCUCUGGACUGUAAGGAACAACUCGUGUCUGCUCUGAAGACACUGAAAGACAAGCUGGAUGUCGUGAUGAAGCUCAAAAUCACUUCAGCUAUGACACUCGAGCAUAUCCAGAGUCAGGCCCAGCUAAUCGAGACUCAAAUGAAACAUCAGUUCAUGAUGCUUCACCGGUUUCUGCGUGAGGAAGAGGAGGCUCGGCUCGCCGCGCUAAAAGAGGAAGAGACGAAGAAGGUCCUUGCUGUAAAGAGAAGAGACGAAGAGCUGACGAACAGGAUCUCUUCUCUCUCAGACAUCAUCAAUCGCACGGAGCAGGAGAUCGUUGCUGGCGAUUUGAAGCUGCUGCAGAACUUCAGAUCUGCCAUGAUGAGAACUCGGAGCUCGGCACCAAAUCCAGAGGGGUUUUAUGGGGCGUUAAUAGACGAAGCCGAGCACCUGAGUAACCUGAAGUUCAGGGUCUGGGAGAAGAUGCAGGAAGUUGCUCCUUACUGUCCUGUGACUCUGGACCCGAACACAGUGCACCCUUGUCUCAGGCUGUCAGAAGACCUCAGCGGCGUCCAUUACAGCAGCUCGGGUCGUCCUCUUCCCACCAAUCCUGAGCGCUUCUGUGUGAGCGCGGAGGUCCUCGGCUCCACAGACAUCUGCUCCGGGACGCACGCCUGGGAGGUGGAGCUGGGAGAGAGCGAUGACUGGAUCCUGGGUGUAGCCAGCGUGUCUGUUAAAAGGGACCUGGAGGUACCGGCACGCCCGGAGAACGGGUUCUGGACUCUGUGUAUGCGGGAUGGAGAGUACAGAGCCAUGGAGUCUCCUGUUAAGACAUUGAAGGUGGAUAAGAAGCUGGAGAGAGUGCGAGUGGAGGUGGACUGGGACACAGGGGAGGUUUGUUUCUCUUGUCCUGAUGAUGGACAAAUCCUGCACAGGUUCAAGCAGGUGUUCAAGGACAAGGUGGUGCCGUAUUUCUACACACAGAGCGAAAAGCCUCUCAGGAUUCUACCACAGCUGGUGAUGAUUUCAGUAAAGAACAACUGAGAUUUAUGGAAUAAAUGUGUUAACAGGAA